AUGAGUGGGUACGACCCGCCCGUCACACCGGCUGCCAUGUCGCCCCCUCGGCGUCAUACAGACCUCGACAGGUCGCCUUCCCCGCGCAUCGGCCGCCUGAGCACUCCCAACGGCGGCAUCCCAGCUUUUACACGCCACCAGCCGUUUGAGAUGGACGACCUCGCAUCUGGUCCUAGCAGGAUAGCUGCGCCAACAAACACAGUCUUUGGCUUUUCCCCACAGCAUGGCCACUCUGGUCUGCCUGGCACAUCGCCCGUCGCACCGCACAUGCUCCUGGCCAAAGCUGGAGCCGCCCGUCCAGUGUUAUCGCCACAGCUUUCAUCGCCGACAACCGAGACCCACUUCUUCCUGCAUGGCACAGGCACAGGCGAGCCUGGCAGUCCACGCAUGUUCACCGGUUCGCCUCGCGCACUCAUGGGAGAGCUUCCUCGGUCGCGUCGCAACUCGGCAGCGAUCGUCUCGAUCUCCUUGUCGUCGCGCUCUAGAUCCCGUACUCCGCGCGGAAGCACCAGUGUGCUUCCGGCACGCUCCGGUUCUGGCACUCCGUCAAAGGCGACAACACCCAAGGGUGGUGACCCCGCCCCGGGCUCGUCGCUCGCUGACGCAUGGGCACCCGGUGUCGACGACAUGGACGACUGGCAGCCGGCCGGCGGUGUGCUCCUCGACGCCGACGAGUCCGCCACUGGAGGAGAUGCCUUUUCGUUUGACGACGACUAUGACAAUGGCCGCUCGUGGACAGCCGAAUCCGAAGCGUCUCGCGUCGCCGACGUCCUUCGCCCCGGUAUGGUCUUUGGAGAAGGUCUGGAGUUUGAGGGCGACGUCAUUGAGCCAGCGGUUGGUCGCGUGCAGGUGACGGGUGAUACUAGCGACGUGGGUCUGCCUCUCCGCCGUGACGGCAGCCAGGUCGGUGCCAGCCGUGCACCCAACCAGCAACGUCGCAAGAAGACGUACGAGGUGAUCCGUCAACUCGGCUCUGGAUCCUAUGCUGUCGUCUAUCUGGUCCGCGAGCGCGGCGGGCGCAGGCGCGAGUAUGCGCUCAAGUGUCUCUCCAAACACGACCUCGAGGAGGAGCAGCUCGAGACCCAGUUGUUCGAGGCGACCAUCCACCUGUCGCUUCCGAUCCAUACCAACAUUGUCACCCUCCACGAGACGCUCCAGACCAAACACUGGCUCUUCCUCAUGCUCGAGCUGUGUCCUGGUGAGGACCUGUUCUACUGGCUCGAGCGCUCGCGCGACGCUUCCCCGCCACCAGUGACUACCAAGCUCCCUGCAGCCAUCGGCUACCACGACCGCGAACGCCACGGCAUGGACAUUAUGUCGUCGUCGCGCCUGUCCUCGUCGGCCAUCCCCUUUUCCUCCAGCCAGCUGUUUUCCAACUUUCCUUCGUCGUACACCAACUCGCCCAACGCGUUUUCGCCCAACGGGUUCAGUGCAUCGAGCUUUUCCCAGUCGCCUGCGUCGCUUCUGUUCGCCCACCACAACAAUGGGCAGCACGUCCACGGCCAUCACUCGCCCCUGGGUUCACACGCGGCCACCCCGCCUACCCCUUCGCUCCUUUCGGCCUUUUCCGCCAACACACUCCUUACCCAGCGCCGUCUGCGUUUGAUUGCUGCCAUGUUUUCGCAAAUGUGCGAGGCCGUGGCCGUGUGUCACAACGCCGGUAUCUCGCAUCGUGACAUCAAGCCCGAAAACUUCAUCUGCUGCGACUCGGUCGAGCUCGAGGCGGUCGCAGAGGUCGGCGACGAUAACGACGAUGGCACGUCCAAGCCCGAUUUCGGCCCGCAAGCCAAGCGCAAGGUCAUUGUCAAGCUGACCGAUUUCGGCCUCUCGACCACCGAGGAAGAGUCGGGCGACGUCGAGUGUGGCUCCAAGCCUUACAUGUCAUACGAGUGCCGCAACAACCUGGGACCCACGUACCGCCCACCCCCGGCCGAUGUGUGGUCGCUCGGCAUUGUGCUCAUCAACAUGCUGUUCCACCGCAACCCAUGGAAGGACCCUGUCGACGAAGACCCCAACUUUGACACGUUCCUCUUGGACCCCAUCGCCUUUUUGACCACCAAGUUUACCGGUAUCGGUAAAGAGGUCGCCACGUAUCUCGCCGAGCACGUCUUGUGCGUCGACGUGGAGCAGCGUGUCUCAGCCCACGAGUUUGGCCAGUGGAUUCGCUCCUUGCCGGAGAUGAUCGGCGGACGUCGUGCUGUCCAUGCACUCAAGAUGGCUCGCUUGGAGGCACGCGGCAAGUCGGGCGCCGGCGGCGACAAGGCUGUCUUUACAAAGUCGCCCGUGGGCCAGGCAUCCUUCAUCAAGACUUCUGGCUUUACUUCGGCACUUACAUCCACGCUAACUUCGACGGCGCCAGUGCCUGUUCCCGCCGCUGCCACCGACAUUGCUAGCGCCAACUACGCCACGCCCUCGCUGUCGUCGCUGCCUCCACCGUCCGAGCUUGCUCAUGCCACCCUAUCUUCCUCCCAGACAACGUCGUUGGCACACCCGGCGCCAACACCAGAUUUGGAGCGCGACGAGGUGCGCUCUGCCACAACAGUGGAUGACCAUCCGACGCCGACGGACAUGAGCACGCUUGUGUCCCCCGAGCCCACCGAGUCUGGCGAGACCGACGACACUCGCAACACGGACGACGGCAACGAGGACACAAAGGACGACGACGAGCGCUCCAUCUCUACCCACAAGCGCCGCAAGCGCGGUGCCCGCAAGGGCAAGGCUGCCCAGGCAGCUGCUGCCGCUGCCGCUGCCGGCGCCGUGUCUCAAGAGGAGCGCGAGGCUUUCCUCGCCGAACUUGUCCUCGCUUCAGAGGGUCUUGCGCGUGACCUGAGCAAGAAGAAGCCGUUUGAUGCCACCCGUGCUGAAGACUUUCCUCCGCUCGGCUCCUCCCCCGCUCAGGUCAACGCAGCUCGCAAGUCGAAAUGGAAGGACUUUCUGGCAAUGUCCAAGGGCAACCCGCAACUCGAGGCCCUUGCUCGUCGUGUGGCCGAGCGCGACAACGAGGCAGGUGGCACUUGGUCUGCUCCUGCCAAGCUCCAACAGGGUGUCAACCCGGCUUCGCGCGUCCACCUCGUCAAGCACACGGCGACUGCGUCGUCGGGAUUUUCGUCCCAGCUGUCCAGCAUUGCCGCCAGCGAGUCGUCGGCUUCGUCGUCGUUCGUUGUUGGUGGGCCCGACGAGGACGACGACUGGCGCCGUGCCGCUCGCCAGCGCGAGGAGGACAAGAAGGAGAAGGAAACCGAGGUCAAGGUCAAGCGCCCCUCUUCUCGUCGCGCGACCGAAGACUCGACGAGCCGCAGUCGCCAGGCCGCACUGGCCGCCGCCGCCAUCGCAGGUGGUAUGGAGCCCAUGGGCUCGUUUGGCAAGCCAUCCCCGCUGGGCGGCCGCCCCGUGCCCAUCAACAACCGUCCUGCCCACCCUGGCCGCUCGCCGCUCGCUCAGACCGACAAGACCAACGACCGCUGGGCGCCGCCUACCAGCAGCGUCGCCAUGCCUCUGCCUCCCCAGUCCGAGACACCCAAGCCCUUCCACAACCACCACAACCACCACGCCACCCCCAUGGCGAUCAAGCCGCUCAAUGAUGUCAGCAAGCCCUCACCCAAUGGGUCGGCACACCACCUGCCCACAGCCAGCUCGGGCGCGAGCCUCAGCACCAUCACUGGCGGCUCGCCCAUUGCUGCGCUCAACGCGUUGCCUCCCUUGGCAUCGCCAACAGCCGAACUGUCGCCCAACAAGCCCAAGCUCAAGGGCCAGAUCAGCUCGCUGGCCAAGAUGCUAGGCGGUCUCAAGACCAAGGGCAAGGACUAG